AUGCAACAAUGAGCAAUCCCCACCAAGACCCGGAUCCCCAAUUUCCCGACCCGAAUGACAAUCCAAACCCGACCCACCCACAACCUCGGCGUCCACGUGGCUUCGCGGCCACAAACAGCGGCACCACAAAUAAGAACAGAAAAGAGAGAGAAAAAGAGAAGGAAAGAACGAAGCUUCGAGAACGUCACAGGCGAGCAAUAACGAGUAGAAUGCUAGCAGGAUUACGUCAAUAUGGGAAUUUCCCAUUACCAGUUAGAGCUGAUAUGAAUGAUGUAAUUGCUGCACUUGCUAGACAAGCUGGUUGGAUUGUUGAGUCUGAUGGUACCACUUUUAGACAAUCUAAUCCCAAUAAUAAUAAUAAUGCUUCUAAUAUGGGGCCUUAUCAGGUGAUGUCUGUUGAGAGUCCCGUUUCUGGCAGUUCCUUGAGAAAUUGCUCAACCAGAGCAUCAGUGGACUGUCAGCCAUCAAUUCCAAGGAUCAACGAGAGUUUAUCGCCAGCCUCUUUUGAUUCUAUUGUAGUCACAGAAAGUGAAACGAAGGUUGAUAAAUUCACAAGUACCAGUCCAAUGGAUUCUACAGAAUGUUUAGAGGCAGGCCAGCUUAUGCAAGACCUUCACUGUGGGGAGCAUGGAAGUGGUUUUUCAGAAACUCAAUACGUCCCAGUUUUUGUUAUGCUUUCUAGUGGUGUAAUCAACAACUUCUGCCAGUUAAUGGAUCCUGAUGGUGUUAAACAGGAGUUGCAGCAGCUUGAGUCUUUAAAAAUAGAUGGUGUUGUGGUAAAUUGCUGGUGGGGCAUCGUUGAAAGCUGGGUGCCUCAGAAAUAUGAGUGGUCCGGCUACAGAGAGUUGUUCAAAAUAAUCCAAGAUUUCAAGAUGAAACUGCAGGUUGUAAUGGCAUUUCAUGAAAAUGGAGGAAGUGACACCAGUGGCAUGUUCAUAUCCCUUCCUCAGUGGGUUCUGGAGAUAGGAAAAGACAAUCAGGAGAUAUUCUUCACUGAUCGUCAAGGAAGAAGGAACACUGAAUGCCUAUCCUGGGGCAUCGACAAAGAACGAGUAUUAAGAGGUAGAACUGCCAUUGAGGUUUACUUUGAUUUGAUGAGAAGCUUCCGCACUGAAUUUGAUGACUUGUUCGCUGAUGGUCUAAUUUCUGCUAUUGAAAUUGGACUUGGAGCUUCUGGGGAGCUAAAGUACCCUUCUUUUUCUGAAAGGAUGGGAUGGAGGUAUCCUGGUAUUGGUGAGUUUCAGUGCUAUGAUAAAUAUUCUCUACAGAAUCUUCGAAAAGCUGCGACAUCAAGGGGACACUCUUUCUGGGCCAAGGGACCUGAUAAUGCUGGUUAUUACAAUUCUAAGCCACAUGAAACUGGAUUCUUCUGUGAGCGAGGUGAUUAUGAUAGCUACUACGGGAGAUUUUUCCUCCAUUGGUAUAGACAGGUCUUAAUAGAUCAUGCUGAUAAGGUUCUCUCCCUGGCAACUCUUGCAUUUGAGGGAAUCCAGAUUGUCGUGAAGAUUCCUGCAAUUUAUUGGUGGUACAGAACGAGCAGCCAUGCUGCAGAGCUCACAGCUGGAUAUUACAAUCCGACUAACCAGGAUGGCUAUUCUUCAGUUUUUGAGGUUCUCAAAAAGCAUUCUGUAACAAUAAAGUUUGUAUGUUCAGGACUUCAGGUUCCAGAAACUGAUGAAUCGUUGGCAGAUCCAGAAGGUUUGAGUUGGCAGAUCCUGAAUUCAGCAUGGGAUAAGGAGAUUAAUGUUGCUGGUCAGAAUGCAUUUCCGUGUUAUGAUAGAGAAGGAUUGAUGAGGCUGGUUGAAACUGCAAAGCCUAGAAAUGAUCCUGAUCAUCACCGUUUCUCCUUUUUUGCAUUUCAACAACCAUCGCCUUUGGUUCAGAGUGCAAUAUGUUUCUCGGAAAUGGACUACUUUAUCAAAUGCAUGCAUGGAGAUAUGAACAUUGUGGAAUCCUAAGUCUUCAUAGAAUCUUUGCUUGAAAUGAAGAAGAUCCGUAUUUACUUCAAGUCUUCUGUCCUUUGUACUAUCCAAAUAUAUAUAUGUCAAUUUACGUAAAGUUUUAAAUGGAAUUCAGCUGAUUUAUAUCUAAAUUAUACGUUCUAUGGUAAGUAUAAUUCUAUUGAACUCAUCAAGCCCCCAUUGUUUGUCUGCAAGUUGAAGAGAAACCAGCAGUUCUUUA